AAGCGCAGUAGAUUAAUGGCGCAGGUUGCAGCGCAAAUGGCGCGACUGGCGCGGGCUGCUUGGCUCCUCAAUUAAACACAUAAUGCGGUAAAUUCUUUAAUAAAUACACAAGCAGAUACCGAAUAAUGCGCCGCGCAAAUUAGUUCACAUUCCAUUGUAGCGAUCGUUCGGUGGAAUGGUUUCUACUCGCGGCUUGAAACUGAAAUUUUUAGAAGGCGAGAAAGUGCUAUGUUACGAGCCCGAUCCAACAAAAGCUAAAGUGCUCUACGAAUCCAAGGUCAAAGACGUGAUCGUAAAAAAGGAUGACAAAGGGCGCAAAACUGUCGAAUAUCUCAUUCACUUCAGAGGUUGGAAUCCUUCAUGGGAUCGAUGCGUCAGUGAGGAAUUUAUCCUGAAGGAUACCGUAGAGAAUAGGCAACUACAACGCGAUUUGGCUCAAAAAUCAAAACUACAAUUCGGUUCUUACUUGUACCGUAAGGAACAAAAAAAGAAAACUAGUCCAGUUUUACCAGAUGAUGGAAGUUGUGAUAAUGUCGUGAUGGAGGAGGAGGAUGAAAACCAAGAGCUGACAAGCUCAGAGGAGUCCUCUUGUGAGGAAGACACUAUUCCACUUGAAGUUACCCCAGAAUUGAGAAAAAUAUUAGAAAACGACCACCGGCAGAUACACGAACGUAAUAAACUGCAUCGCCUGCCAGCGCUACCAUCUGUAGUAACCAUUCUGGAAACAUAUUGGAAGUGUUACAUCAACAAUCAGAAGUUGCUGUCAGAAAAAGGCAAUAAUCGCGUGCGGAACGGCACUAAUGGACAACGCGAGAAAAUUAAACCAGAAGUAUUGCAGAAGAAUAUCAAUAUUGUUCAGGAGUUUCUUGAUGGGCUAAGGAUCUAUUUCGAUUUCUGUUUGCCGGACGUUUUGCUUUAUAACGCAGAACGAGGGCAGACAGAUUUUAAACAAGCGCAAGUUGCUGCGCCACAUCUUAAAAUUAAAACCGAGUUUGUAAAAGUUGAAAAUUUCGAUGAAUCUCACGAGUUUACUCAAUUUACAAAUACCGAAGAAGACGAGCAAAAUAACGACGGUGAUGCAUCAACCCGACCAGCGUCAAGACGACGUUCAUUACGCUCUUACCGAAGUCUAGACACUAAUAGCAACGGCAGUGUCCACUCGGAUUCAUCAGUUGGUAAACCUGCCAGCGGUAAUAGCGCUGAUGUAAUCAGUCCGCUCUUCAAAAUUGCAAUGUGGAAGGCACUUCCCGACUACGUCUAUGCGCAGGAACCCAAACCGCCAUGUUUACAAUAUGGCGCUACCCAUCUCGCCAGGCUCUUUGUGAAAUUACCAGAACUAUUGUCGAGCACACAAAUGCCCGAGAAUAAGAUGAAGGUUUUGAUAACACACUUGGAAAGUUUCAUGGCAUUUUUAGCUGAACAUAAGGAGUGGUAUACGGACGAUGUCUAUAUUCACGGACACAAAUAAUUUUAAAAGGUAAAAUCUUGUGUAAAAAUAUUUUAAUUUACUUUUAAACUGUCUCAUCUUACUAUUUAUUGUAAUAUUUUAUUUAAUGCUGUUGCAAACAAAAUAAACGCAAUCUCAGUGA